UUGCUGUCAUGUGAAUCUAAACAUUUUUAAACAACGCAGAGAUUAGGCUUCUUGACGAUUACUUGUUGCCAUCAGUUCACCCGCUACCAUGAGCGUCGGGACUCCUUAUAUCGGCAGUAAAAUCGGCUUGAUUUCCAAAGCUCUAAAUCGGUAUGAGGGCAUCUUAUACACCAUUGAUACCGUGAAUUCAACGGUGGUGUUGACAAAAGUGAAGUCAUUUGGAUCAGAGGGCCGACUCACAGACAGGCCAACCCCUCCCAAAGAUGACGUCUAUGAGUACAUCAUAUUCAGGGGAAGUGAUAUCAAAGAUAUCUCAUUGUGUGAGCCUCCAAAAUCUCACCAUGGCCUGCCCCAGGACACUGCCAUAGUGCAGUCAUCACUCAGCACAUCAGCGUCCUCCUAUAAUCCAACUCCAGGACCAAUCAGUCCCUACAGGAUCCCAUCUUAUAACCAGCUAGCAGCCAACUAUCUGCUCAACCAGCAGUAUGCUGCAGCCCUUGGUCUGGGUGGAACUCCAGGCCCUCAAGUGAGAAGGGGUCCUAUGGUGGAGCAGGCUGUCCAGACUGUGCCUCUAGAUGAGCCAGGGCAGAAGAAAGGCCAGAGUGUGUCUCAGGAGCAGCGCAGGGAGACCAGUAGGCCCAUGCAGCGAGCUGCACGAGUGAGCCCACAGCCCCAGAGACGCUCUGGACUAGGCAGUGGGUCCGAUGUACAGCGUCAGCGUACAACUUCCCAAUCCCAGAACGAGGCCAAUGAUGAGAACAGGCCACCACCAAGGAGGAAACAAGGAGCUCGUAGGCCCAGGAAUCGUAAUCAGGGCCAGCUCCUUGUGAAGAGCUCCAAGCCUAGCACACUCAAGUUUGAGUCAGACUUUGACUUUGAUUCUGCAAACGCCCAGUUCAACAAGGAAGAGCUGGAGAGGGAGAUGCAGGACAAGUUGAACAUCAAAGAAACAAAGGAUGAAGGGAAGGUGAAACCAGGAGUAGAAACUGGUGAGAAGACAGUGGAGAGGGAUCCAUUUGGGCCCAAGUGCUACUAUGACAAGGCCAAAUCCUUCUUUGACAACAUCUCGUCAGACCAUAAAUCCAGACGCACUACCUGGGCAGAGGAGAGGAAGCUGAAUGUUGAGACCUUUGGGGUUCCUGGCCGCUUCCUGAGGUUCCGUGGGGGCUACCGCAGCCGGAGAGGGCUAGGGUCAGCACAGCGCCGGCCCUCCCAGCGAGCUGGGACUGGGAGGCUGUGAGGGUCAAGUGAGUAAGGACGCCUCAUUUGAAGCUUGGGUUACCUUGUGCUUGAGUUGCCACGACGUGUUUGUGUAUGUACAUUUGUUUUUGUAGUUAAAUAUAACAUUUUGCAGUCCAUUAUUUUUCUCUACCAACAUGAAGUGUUUUGAAAUGAAGAAACAUUGAGAAUUUAUUUUUACUCUUGGGACCCCACACCUGAAUAAGUAUAGAGAAGCUAAAUGCAUUGCUGUUUCUUUAUUUUCUUUGAGCCUAAGGUACAUUUUGGCUUUUGCAUUUGAAUUUGCCUUUGCUUUUCAUCCUUUUCUGUAUUCUGAUAAAUGGAUGACAUGCAAACUUUCUAAACUAUUCAAGGAAUCAAUUUGAAGAUUAAAUUGGUGAGGGGGAAAUAGUUAAAGGUAUUGUUAAUAUUACUUAAUAUAAUUAUAUAUAACUUAAUUAAAACAGAGCAAAUGUCUGCCAUAAAUAUUGAAUUCCCAUGUAUUGGUUUGUUUUCUAUCAUUUUGAGAAUAAGUGUUCAAUUGUUUAAAAUCUAAUAAACAUGGGAAAAGGCUUA